AUGGGGGAUGAAAAUGUUCCCUCAUUGUCUGUAUGCGAAAUUCGCACUCAUUUGGGCAUGAAAUUGGCAUUUAUAGGAAUAUUAAGAGUUUCCAAGGAUUUAGAGGGGCCGAUAUUCUUAGCGCGCCGUUUCAAUUCCACCCAUAUACCAUUUUUUAAACGAAAUGCCGUCAGUGAUUUUGCAAAUUUUUCGGCAAGAUAUGUUGCAUCGAGAAUUGGAGAGAGUGAAAAGAUGGUUUUGCAGGAGGGUGGGGCCAAGUUGUACUCUCUAAAAUGGGAUAAUGGCCUAUGUAUUGUCUGUCUAACUGGACAAGAAUAUCCUGAUAGAGUUGCAUUCACACUUGCUCACGUUGUGUAUGCUGAGUUUAUUAAACUUUAUUCUUCCACAUGGCAAACACAAAUGACUGAUAUAAAAUUGAAGUUCCCUGAUCUGAAGGAAAUUAUGAAUAAGUAUAACAAACCAGAAGAUAUCGAUGCUCUCACUAUGACUGAAUAUAAAGUUAGUCAAACCUUGAAGAUCGUUAGGAGCACUGUUGCUGAUAUUCUAAGGAGUGGAGAAAAUCUGGAAUCUCUAGUAGAUCGCAGCAAAGAUUUAUCUCUUCAGACUAAAAAAAUCUUUAAACGCAGUAAGGCUUUGAAGCGGAACGCUUGUUGUGCCCUCAUGUAA